GUUCAGGUGCAGUGGACCCUCUCUGGCCUCGUACGUCACUUCCUGUUUGUGUGCGUCUGCGGGGCUGCUGUUCUGUCUGCCUCGGACGGAGGGCCUACACGCUAAGCAGGCGACUCACCACAUCCAAGGGAUAAAGAGGCUACAUUCCGUGUUUUUUCCCCAGCUACUCCGGGUUUGCUUGUAGCGUCAGCUCGGCGGAACACACCCGGUGGUCAGCUUUGAGCUCAGUGGACUUUAUUCGCUCUGUGGCUUGCAGACGGCUGAGUGAAGCAGCGCCGCGGCGACAACAGGAGAAGCACGCCGCCGUUGUGUGGGAAGACAACAAGCUCAGCCAGCAGCUAGCUAAGCUGUGUGAUCAUUGACAGAGUUCAGUACACACAAGCUUCACAGGAGAACCGGCGGAGGAUUUCUGUAGCGUACCCCGCGUCUCUUUGAGAAACCCCAGGCGGAAAGGUUUUGUCCCAGGACUCGAGGUAUUGCCUAAACAUUGUAUCUGAGCCACUUGUCUGACACUUGACCAGUAAGAAUAGUUGCACACAUCACCCCUGCUUCACUACGGCCCCCACCCCCCCAUCCCAAAACCCAGACAGUCCUCUGCCCCAGCAUGAACGAAGUCAGUGUUGUGAGAGAGGGAUGGCUCCAUAAGAGAGGUGAAUACAUUAAAACAUGGCGCCCUCGUUACUUCAUCCUAAAGAGUGACGGUUCCUUCAUCGGUUACAAGGAGAAGCCUGAGGUGUCCAGCGAUCACAGCCUCCCGCCACUCAACAACUUCUCUGUUGCCGAAUGCCAACUGAUGAAGACGGAGCGACCCAGGCCCAACACGUUUGUUAUCCGCUGCCUACAGUGGACUUCAGUCAUCGAGCGUACCUUCCACGUGGACAGCAAUGAAGAGAGGGAGGAAUGGAUGCGGGCAAUCCAGGCGGUAGCCAAUGGCCUGAAGAGCCAGCAGCAGGAUGAGGAGCCCAUGGAAAUCAAAUUUGGCUCACCAAGUGACAGCAGCGGCACAGAGGAGAUGGAGGUGGCCAUGUCCAAGUCCCGCUCCAAAGUGACCAUGAUUGAUUUUGACUACCUGAAGCUGCUAGGCAAGGGGACAUUCGGUAAAGUGAUCCUGGUGAGGGAGAAGGCCACGGGGAUGUACUAUGCCAUGAAAAUCCUCCGCAAAGAAGUCAUCAUUGCCAAAGAUGAGGUGGCACACACAGUAACAGAGAGCAGAGUCCUCCAGAAUACGAGGCAUCCCUUCUUAACGACACUAAAAUAUGCGUUCCAAACACAUGACCGGCUGUGCUUUGUGAUGGAGUAUGCAAAUGGAGGAGAACUGUUCUUUCAUUUGUCCCGGGACCGAGUGUUCACAGAGGACAGGGCACGAUUCUAUGGCGCAGAGAUCGUGUCAGCACUGGAGUACCUACACUCACGCAAUGUAGUUUACAGGGAUUUAAAGCUGGAGAACCUUAUGCUCGACAAAGACGGCCACAUAAAGAUAACAGACUUUGGCUUGUGUAAAGAGGGCAUCACAGACGGUGCCACCAUGAAGACGUUCUGUGGAACCCCAGAGUACCUGGCACCAGAGGUGCUAGAAGACAACGACUACGGGCGGGCGGUGGACUGGUGGGGUCUGGGUGUGGUCAUGUAUGAGAUGAUGUGCGGCCGGCUGCCCUUCUACAACCAGGACCACGAGCGUCUCUUUGAGCUCAUCCUCAUGGAGGAGAUCCGCUUCCCCAAGAACCUGGCCCCCGAAGCCAAGGCCCUUCUGGCUGGCCUGCUCAAGAAGGAUCCUAAGCAGAGGCUCGGAGGCGGGCCCGACGAUGCCAAAGAAGUGAUGACUCACAAGUUCUUCACCUCCAUCAACUGGCAGGACGUCAUUGAAAAAAAGCUUAUUCCACCAUUCAAGCCCCAAGUUACAUCAGAGACGGACACACGCUACUUCGAUGACGAGUUCACUGCACAGACCAUCACAGUAACGCCUCCAGACAAGUAUGACAGUUUAGAUGCAGAGGACUCAGAUCAGCGUACGCAUUUCCCUCAGUUCUCCUACUCCGCCAGCAUACGGGAAUGACUGCUCACUCAAACUCUUGAACAAACAGGCAGGCUAACACACAUUCACAAUCCCACGCACACAUACACACUCGCACUGCUGGGGAAUCGGAAAGACACAAACAAAA